GAUCCGCGAUUGAGGUGCGCGAUAUAAAAGGUACGCUGGAUGCUGGAUCCAGCAUCAGUUACCAGUGAGAUUCUCAAGUGUUCACAACUUCCAAACCAAAAAAAACCAACAAAACUCAAAAUGUUCAAGAUCUUUGUUCUUGCCACAAUCCUGGGUUUGGCUGCUGCCGCCCCUGCUCCUGGUGUUGUCGUUGCCAGCCCAGUGGUUCAUGCAGCUCCCGUUGUCCCAGUUGCCCAUGCUGUGCACCCCGUGGCUGUGAGCCACUCUUCCAGCCAUGUUGUCCACCACCCAGCUGUGGUUAAGAGCGUCCAUGUUGCUCACGCCCCAUUGGUGCACCACCCCGUUGCCGUGGCCCCAGUUGUGAAGACUGUGUCAGUUCAUCCAGCUCCAGUUGUUGCCCAUCACGCUGUUGUCCACCCAGUUGUCCACCACGCUGCCCCCGUUCUUGUACACCACUAAAUUCGUGAGGCACGCAAAGAUGGAGAAUCAUCUCACACACAACACACCCUCCCCAUGCAACAGAAAAUACCCUCCGUGGAAAACUGUGCAAAGUCGCUAAAUUAAGUCACACAAAGAUCUUGAAUUUCUCUCAAUAGAAAUACCUUCAAACAAAAAAAAUCUUAGAAAAAAAUAAAUCCACCUCUUUCAAAGUUAA